GCUACAGAUCAUCAGCUACACAUCACGCCUCCUCUCUUGAGCGAUCCUCGGUUCAUUGACAGACCACUUGGCGCGGGCGUCGUUGUCCUUGAGCGAAACCGUCCACCCACUCCCAAAAAUAGCGAGAAGUAUGCUGCCUAUACGGAGGUGCCACUGGCCAGCGGGAAGAGCAUCUUGUAUGGGAUGUGAAUAGGGGAUGCUAAGGUGCUACCAAGAUUACACUCUUUUUGCGCUGUCCUUUUUUUUUUCCUUUGUCUUUUGUUCUCUUUUGAGGUGUACAUGUUUGGGAGGUUUAAGCGAUGUAAAAUUAUUAAUGCUUUAUUCAAGCUGUGAUGGGAUCUGGAUUGGUCUGGUAUGGUGGCUUUGUCUGUUUAAAACGGCGUUAGGUUUGUGUAAGGUAUUUAGCCGCAAGGAAAUGGCUGUCAAUCAUUUAUACCCUGGGAUAUCCUACCGAGACGUUCUGAUUCGAAUCUAUACAUAUUACAUUCAUAAGACAUAAUAACUUGAUAUACAUCAAUAGGUAUUCCGUGACGCAAUCUUUGUGGCUGCUAUAGCGGCUAGGUGCAGUGGAUAGAAUGAGCUGCUGCUACAUCAA